AAAAGAACAAACGAUAACACCAACCUACACGUUAGACAUGCAUAAGCUUCUUUCAAACUGGUCUUCUAACAUUAAAUCCUUGCCAGAAAGUUACAUUUUUCCUGCUGAAUCAAGGCCUGGAAAUGCUAUGGUGCCUUUUUGCAACACUAUCCCUGUGAUCGACCUCCACACUAGUCGACACCAUGCAGUUCAACAAGUUUUAGAAGCUUGUCAUGACUUUGGAUUCUUUCAGGUGAUCAACCAUGGAGUUGAUGAAAAUCUGCUGAUUGACACAAUGAUAGUUGUCAAGGAGUUUUUUGACAUGCCAAAUGAGGAAAAAGCGGAUCUUUUCUCAGAAGACGCAAACAAAAAAUGUAGGCUAUGUACCAGUACUUACGACUACGACAUUGAAAAAAUUCAUUUGUGGCGAGAUAAUCUACACCACCAAUGUCAUCCUGUUGAUGACUUCAUUCAUCUGUGGCCUCAAAAGCCAGCUAGAUAUCGAGAUGUUAUUAUGAAAUAUUCACUUCAAAUGGGUAACUUGUCAACAAGGAUUCUCGAGCUAAUAGGUGAAGGGCUUGGGCUUGGGCCUGGUUAUUUCGGAGACGGGCUCACUGGGACCCAAAUUUUUUCAGCGAAUCACUACCCAGCAUGUCCUAACCCAAAUUUGGCAUUAGGCCUACCCAAACAUCGUGAUCCUACUCUCAUAACAUUUCUUCUACAAGAUGCAAUAUAUGGGCUUCAAGUGUACAGAAAUGGAGAAUGGUUUGGUGUUAAGCCCACUCCCAAAAGCUUUAUUGUUAUCCUUGGUCAACAAAUACAGGUUAUUAGCAACGGGAAGCUAACAAGUCCAGCACAUAGAGUGGUAACAAACUCAUCCAAUCAUCGAAUAUCAAUUGUCUUCUCAAUCAAUCCAAAACCAGAUAGUAUCGUAAAACCUGCAAAAAUUCUCGUUGACGAUUCUAAUCCUCCGCUCUACCAAUCAUUUCAAUCUAAAACUUUUCGUAAAACCUAUCGAGAGAAGGGAGAUUAUGGUGAAGGUUCGUUAGACGAUUAUAAGGUCAAAGCAUGA